AAAUAGUCCAGGGACCAUUUUUAUAAAUUCUUCCGAUGAAAAACCAAAACAAGAAACAUACACAGUAAUAACAGGCUAACAGCAUCUCAUUAUCAGCUCAAGUAGAGGAAAAUGGAGAGCGUAAUGGCGUCGCUAUCGUCAAUCCGAUUAUCAUGUUCUCCAUCCGACACCAGAAUUAACUUAUCCUUACCCACCACCGCCGUCUCCGCCACCUGCCACCGUCAUCUAGCCGCAUUUCAGUCGCCGUCUCAUCUUUUCUCCAAUUCACUAUCGACUCGUAUUCAUGCAACCAAGAAGAAGAAAAACCCUAACAUAUUUCUUCCUCAUUUGGUCGCUUCCAUGGAAGUGGAGGAGUCCUAUAUUAUGAUUAAGCCUGAUGGCGUUCAACGAGGACUCGUGGGAGAGAUAAUUUCUAGGUUUGAAAAGAAGGGAUUCAAAUUGAAAGGCUUAAAGCUUUUCGAUUGCCCCAAAGAUCUAGCAGAGGAACAUUAUAAGGAUUUAAGCUCGAAGCCUUUCUUCCCCAAACUGAUUAGCUACAUUACAUCUGGUCCUGUUGUUUGUAUGGCUUGGGAGGGAGUUGGUGUUGUUGCAUCAGCACGGAAGUUAAUUGGAGCAACAAAUCCACUUCAAGCUGAACCGGGUACAAUUAGAGGAGAUCUUGCAAUUCAAACCGGAAGGAAUGUGGUUCAUGGGAGUGAUAGCCCUGAAAAUGGGAAGCGGGAGAUAGCUUUAUGGUUCAAAGAAGGUGAAUUAACAGAGUGGACACAAGUUCAAGCUCCAUGGUUGAUAGAAUAAUGAGAAGCAUCAUUCACAAGUAAUACAUUUAUGAGAGAUGAAAUUCUGUGAGGGAAAUCGGAAUGACAGUUUAAUUUUGAGAAAAUGUUUUUACCUUGUAAUUUUGUUGGAGUGACUGAUCACCAAAAUGUGGCAUAAACAAUGUAAAAGGAUUUGGAUUUGCUUUUGAAUUGAAUUGAACAACAUUAUGAUUCAAAAUUAUCACAAUAACAAUAAAGACUCGAACUCAGAUUCAUAUCCAAACUAUACAUCCAAGUUGAAGUUAAGAAUCAUUACUUGGUGAUGUGUUUGCUGAAGAGCAAUCAUUCUGCAUUUCCAUGGCAUUACUACCAUCUGAUGAGUUUGGAUUGUCAUGUCGAGAAGUUUUGUAUCUUGAAAACAUGUAAAGGACUGACAAAUUCCCAUGUGGCUCCUCUUUUGAGCUUGGAAGAGAGUCCAUGGAAGCAUUCACUUUCAUAGAUGCUUCAUUAGAAGCCAUUGAAGGACUUGUAUCAGUGUUCAUAGAUUCAUCAGGAAUUAGACUUAGAUCACGAUGAGAACCUUGUUGUAGCUUCAGCAGUGUCUUCUCUAAAUAACAAACAAUAAUAGCAGUUAUCACACAACAGAAUGAUAAUAACACAAACAACUCGAUUAAUUACGAGAAAAGGUACACUUCAAUUGCCGAUGUCAAAUCUAGUAAUUCUCAGAUGCUAAUUUACAUGAUUUAUGUUUUUGGUGAUGAAAUCGAACCGGACUAAAAAAAUCUCAUCAAUUCCAUAGAUUCAGCUCCGUUCAUGGAGAGAGAAUCGUCUUUGAGAAGCUUAGAAGGAGUUCUCUCCAUUUCUAACACCUCCAGAGAGCUCAAAGAACACGCCCUUACCCUCCCCAACAUCCUCUCUCUCCGUGUAAGAGUUUCACAACGAAAAAGUAGAAGAAAGAGACAGAGAGAGAUUGGCGGUAAAUGUUUUUCCACAAUCGGAUUAGAAAUUUGGAAGCGGGAAGUUCCACAUCUGGAAUCGAUUAUUCAAUUGGAUCCGCUUUAACUAGGGCCAACUUUUUCCCCUUUCUUUUUUAUUUGGAGUAAUCUGCAAAGAUAGUACCUCAACUAUUUAGCAG